AUGGGUCUGUGUGCCAACACACUCACUGCAGAUGACCAUUCUCCUGAAGACAGCUUCACCCUGAACCCCGAGGACAGAAGAGAAUACCCCGAUCUCCAGGCAGCCCACCGGCCAUUCCCGAAGCAGCGCUUCAGGCAGGAAAAUGGGCAUACGUCCUUGCAAAGAGAUGGACCCAGAUCUUUCCUUCUGGAUCUCCCAAACUUCCCUGACCUGUCAAAAGCGGAUAUCAAUGGGCAGAAUCCCAACAUUCAGGUUACCAUCGAAGUGGUGGAUGGCCCUGACACCGAGACGGACAAGGAUCUGCAGAAAGAGAGCAGCAAGCCUAGCUGGCCAGUCCCGUCACCCGACUGGAGAAACUGGUGGCAGAGGUCCUCCACCUUGACUCGCAUGAGCAGCGGCGACCAGGACUACAAGUAUGACAGCACUACUGAGGACAGCAACUUCCUAAACCCUCUUGGUGGGUGGGAUAGUCACGCACCCAGUCACCGGACAUUUGAGUCCAAGGAGCAGCCAGAGUACGAUUACAUUGACGGUGAGGGAGACUGGAGCCCGUGGUCCCUUUGUAGCGUCACCUGCGGGAGCGGCACCCAGAAGCGGACGAGAUCCUGCGGGUACGCCUGCACUGCCACCGAGUCGCGGACCUGCGACAGGCCCAACUGCCCAGGGAUCGAAGAUACCUUCCGGACAGCUGCCACAGAAGUGAGUUUACUUGCGGGAAGUGAAGACUUCAACGCUACCAAACUGUUUGAAGUUGAUACUGAUAGCUGUGAAAGAUGGAUGAGCUGCAAAAGCGAGUUCUUGAAGAAAUAUAUGCACAAAGUGGUCAACGAUCUCCCCAGCUGCCCAUGCUCCUACCCCAGAGAAGUUGCAUACAGCACUGCUGAAAUCUAUGAUCGAAUUAAGAGGAAAAACUUCCGCUGGAAAGAUGCAAGUGGUCCCAAGGAAAAACUGGAGAUCUAUAAGCCCACUGCACGAUACUGCAUCCGCUCCAUGCUCUCUUUGGAAAGCACAACGCUUGCAGCGCAGCACUGCUGCUAUGAUGAUAAUAUGCAGCUGAUUACCAGGGGGAAAGGGGCAGGUACACCAAACCUGAUCAGCAUCGAAUUCUCAGCAGAACUCCAUUACAAAGUGGACAUUCUGCCCUGGAUUAUAUGCAAGGGGGACUGGAGCCGAUACAAUGAAGCACGGCCUCCGAACAAUGGGCAGAAGUGUACAGAAAACCCUUCAGACGAAGACUACUACAAGCAAUUUCAGGAAGCAAGGGAAUACUGAGAAGAUUUUCCUCUUCUUCAGACACACAACAGCAUUCCUUUCCUGGAUGCCAGAGAACUGAUAAGGGCUGCUGCAUUGUUUCCUUGACAGGGGUUGAUUGAUCAGUUUCUUCCUAAUGAAUGUAUAUAGUUGUAAUAUAAUACAUAAGUAUUUUU